AUGGAAUCUGCUCCUACCUUCUUGCUCAUACUUUUUUUCAUUAUACCUCUCUUCAUCAAACUCCUCAAACACACUGAUUCAUCAAACAAAUCAAAGCCUAGUCUCCCACCAGGUCCCAAACCAUGGCCUAUAGUUGGUAACCUCCCUGAAAUGCUUGCAAACAAACCCACGUUCAGAUGGAUACAAAACAUCAUGAAUGAUCUCGACACUGAAAUUGUAUGCAUCCGUCUAGGUAACAUCCAUGUCAUCCCAGUGUCAAGUCCGUCCAUUGCACGUGAAUUUUUAAUGAAACAAGAUGCGAUUUUCGCAUCAAGGCCGUUGAAUUGGUCUAGUAAAUAUGUCUCAUCUGGGUACCUAACCACAUCUGUAACACCCUGUGGAGAACAAUGGAAGAAAAUGAAGAGAAUCUUUGUGGAGGAAUUGCUUUCGCCCCAAAGGCAUCAAUGGAUGCAUGACAAAAGGGGUGAAGAAGCCGACAACCUUGUCCGCUAUGUGUAUAACCAAACCAAGAAUGGGGGUGGCCUAGUGGAUUUGAGGCAUGUUGGGCAACACUUUGGUGGAAACUUGAGUAGGAGGAUGUUAUUCAAUAAGAGGUACUUUGGUAAAGGUAGAGAAGAUGGGGGUCCUGGUCCCGAGGAAUUGGACCAUGUUGUAGCACUUUUCGUUGUGGUAAGGCACCUUUUUGCAUUUCCUAUUUCUGAUUAUCUUCCUUGCUUGUGGUGGCUUGAUUUUGAAGGUCAUAAAAAAAUAUUAAAGGAAGCUACUAACACCAUAAGGAAGUACCAUGAUCCCAUAAUUGACGAAAGGAUUCAUCAAUGGAAGAAUGGGAUAAGGACUCAUGAAGAGGAUUGGCUUGAUAUUUUCAUCUCAUUGAAAGAUGCCAAUAAAAAUCCACUUUUGACUGUGGAGGAAAUAAAAAGUCAAAUUAUGGAACUUACAGUUGGAACAAUGGAUAAUCCAUUUAAUAAUGUUGAAUGGGUAUUUUCUGAAAUGCUAAAUCAACCAAAAAUACUUCAAAAGGCUACUCAAGAAUUAGACAGGGUAGUAGGAAACCAAAGGUUAGUGCAAGAAUCAGAUUUUCCAAAACUCAACUAUGUGAAGGCAUGUUUAAGAGAAGGUUUUCGCCUUCACCCAAUUGUAGACUUCAAUGUUCCUCAUGUCUCAACGGAAGACACAAUUGUCGCCAAUUACUUCAUCCCAAAAGGUAGUCAUGUUCUUAUUAGGAGGCAAGGUGUUGGCCAAAAUCCAAGAGUUUGGGAAGAAGCAUUAAAAUUCAAACCUGAAAGGCAUCUGAAAAGAGAUGGAUGUGAUUUGACUUUGACUGAGCCAAGCUUGGAGUUGUUCACAUUUGGCGCUGGAAGACGAAGUUGCCCUGCCAUCACACUUGGUACUUAUGUAACUGUUAUGCUCUUUGCAAGGUUGGUUCAUGGAUUCACAUGGGUUGCACCUCCCAAUGAACCAAUCGUUGAUCUCUCUGAACUUGAAAGGGACACCUCAAAAGCUAAGCCACUAGUUGCAUUCGGAAAGCCAAGAUUACCAGCGGAAGUUUAUCAUCCCAAGAAUUACAAGAAAUAUAUUUGAAUGAUUUGUUUUUCUUUGUAGAAUAAAUUUUUAUA